CCAAACAUCCCCCUCUCACUCACUCACUCACUCUCCCCAUUUCUCUCUUCAUAAAAAUUUCACAAAAAUGUCUUCUGCCAUUAAGAAAGUAAACAUGAUUACCAAAAUUGUUCGACUUAAACAAGUCGUUAAACGUUGGAAAAACAAAUCCCUUAAGCGCCGCGGCGUCUUGUCAUACUCUUCAUCCGAUUCAGACGAACCGGCCUUAUCCGGUUCGAACCGCCGGCGCACACCUUCAGGAUCUUUAGCGGUUUAUAUAGGUCUAGAACGAACCCGGUUCGUUAUUCCAACCCGGUUCUUGAACCUCCCCGUGUUUAUAUCUCUACUCGAUAAGGCGGAGGAGGAGUUUGGGUAUCAGAGAACCGGUGGGUUAGUUUUGCCUUGUGAAGUUGAGUACUUUUCGGAGAUAUUAAGGUUACUGGACCGGGAUGAGGACCGGUUCGGUUUUUUGAAUUUGGAUGAGCUUGUUAAGAUGAUUACUGAAGUGGGUUUUGAAUCUUUAGAUCAGUCUUGUAAAGAAGCUGCUUCAAAUGGAUUUGCUCCUCUUCUGCCGAAUGCUAGUGUUUAAACCGGGGUUUUUUAAAAGCCCGGUCCGGUCCGGUUCAGUUUCUUGAAGGAGGAGGCUCUAGGGUUAAUUAGGUCUUUUUAUUUUAAUUUUUUAGGUUUUUAUUUUUAAAACCAUCCUUGAACCCAGAAUUUAAUUUUCUGAAGGUUUGCUGGGUUCCAAUGAGAUGUGGGUGAAUUUUAAUUAUUUUUUUAAAAGGUUGUUAAUUAGGUGCUAUUUUCCCCAGACAAUUAAUGUAUUUGUUCUGGUGGUGGUGACAGAGUCAGAAAGUGGCUGAUGAUUAUUAUUCUAUUAUUAUCAUUAUUAAGAUGAGUAAUUAAUGUAAUAUUCAUAUUUUGACUUUAGAA